UGGUUCGUGCACAGUAAAAAAUUAAUUUUUAUCCAUUUAUCCACAUACACCAUUACCUAUUUGUAUCUUAAAUUUUUCGAUCGUGAUUCGUGGCAGACUAGACCAUCCUGGCACCAGCCACACCGAUAUUUAGUUACCAGACCAUUCAUACCGCUACCGUGUCAGUGUCGUGUCACUAGUCCAUUGAUAAUGAAAUUAUAUUAGUUUUGUGAUAUUAUCCAAUAAUAUGAUAAUAAUAUGUAAUGUUCCGUUCUAAAACAUAUACCUAUUAUUGUCUAAUUAUCAAUUAUAAAUAUUAAAUAGUAAUAUAAAAGUACAACUGUCAACUAUACCUAUGAUUGUAUAUUAGUAUUAGAGAAUUUCGUUUUUUAAUUUUAAUGUUUGCGAGUUAAAAGAAAAAUGUCGAGCAUUUACGCAGAGAAGAAACCAAGUGAUCGGUCCAGGUGGAUAUGUAUAUACCCAGCGUAUUUGAAUAAUAAAAAAACGUUGGCUGAGGGACGUAUCGUUCCGAAAAAAUUUGCUGUGGAAAAUCCUACUUACCAAGAAAUUCUCGAAGUGGUCAAGGCAUCUGGUUUCAAUGCCGAAGCCGAAAACAAGCAGUAUUCCCGUGAAUGUAGCAAGGAAUGGCAUUUUCGUGGUCGGAUACGGGUACAACUUAAAAAUGAUGAUGGAACACCUUUCAACCAAAUGUUUCCUUCGAGAGAGAGUUUGAUGAAACAUUGUGGUGUUCAAAUACCAAAACUCAAAAGCCGUGUUAUGAAAGUAGCUGGCCCUGAACAACAUCAAAACAAGAAUGAACCAAGUGGAAGCAAGAAGAAAAAAGGCCGUAAAUAAAAUGACGCCGAGCAAAUGGUUUUAUUUAAGCUCUUUUAUAUUAUUUUAUUUUGUCAUGUUUUUGUAAUGAAUUAAAUGUGGAAAUUGAUUAUAAUAAAUACAAUGUUAAAAUUGA